CGUGUGGUAAAAUCAUCGACGGAUUUAUUUUAUUAAUCCGAGUGUGGGAGUCAUUAUUUUAAGCCUGCCAAAUAUCGAUGAUCAUCUUAUAAAGUAAUAAGAUACGCAGGGAGAAAACAACAAUUUAAUCUUUUAAUUGUUGGACAAUUACGCUGACAUCUGAAAUUCUCGAAUAAAGUCUCCUUUUUUAGCAGUAUGAAUACUACUGUACUGUUUUGCAAUUGACUCAUCUGGCAAAAAUAAGACUUUGUGAAUUAAGAUAUUGUCAUUUUGAUAUUCUUAUAAUGCCGGGGAAGAAGAAGUGCAAGUUUAUGCAUUCAGUACCACCAGGCAAAUUACGUCUCUUGCUCGAAGAACGGUAUAAAGAGAUCCCUGUAGAUGCUGAAGACUUGCUAAAUGGUCAUGUGGUCUUAAGGUUCUUGCAGGAGUCAAAAUGUUAUGCAUCAACCAGAAGGUUUUUUGAUGACCACAUGGGCUUGAAGAUUGCAUUGCAUAAAAUUCAUGUACUUGUAAAUCGAACAAUAAAGAAGUACAAGCAUAUAAGCAGAGAGAAGGAAGUUUCAAAGUUAGUCGCUGUAUGCGAUGAGAAGUAAAGACACGAGAAAGAAAAACAAGAACAGGACACGUCAGCAGAGCUGUCAGUUAGCCGAGAGUUGACGGAAACAACUCCACAUAUUGUAACACCAUCUACGUCUGUAUUUGGUUCAUCUAGCACAGUACAAACUGAAUCAACUUCUACUAUUGCAGUUACAACACUAUCUUCACCUUUGUCUGUUACAAUGAGAUGACUGAAGCGAAGAGGAGUGCUGACUCCAGUUAUCCUACAACUUCAACAUCCAAAAUGACACUUUGAGAGAGCGAUAUAGUUGCCUUCAAAAGAAGUAUACGGAAUUGAAGGCGAAGAAUUCAAAAAGAAGGAAAGCAUCUGUGAAUAGGACCGAUGCUGCUCUGCAGCCAUUUUGUUUCAGUUCUUUCUCGGUGGAAAAAGUAAUGCCAUACAACAAAGAGAUGUCAGACACACGCUGGCCAAAAGAUGUAGGAAUCAUUGCAAUGGAAGUGUACUUCCCCUCGCAGUACGUAGACCAAGAGGAUCUAGAAAUUUGUGAUGGUGUGUCUAAAGGGAAAUACACGAUCGGGCUAGGCCAGGCCAAGAUGGGUUUUUGUACCGACAGAGAAGACAUUAAUUCCCUUUGUCUAACUGUUGUCCAGCGUCUGAUGGAGAGAAAUCAGUUGUCGUAUGACUCUAUAGGCAGGCUAGAAGUCGGCACAGAGACAAUUAUUGAUAAGUCGAAAAGUGUAAAAACUGUUUUAAUGCAAUUGUUUCAAGAUUCAGGUAACACUAGCAUUGAAGGAGUGGACACAGUGAACGCAUGUUUUGGUGGUACAUCUGCCCUCUUUAAUGCAGUCAAUUGGAUUGAAUCCAGUUCAUGGGAUGGUCGGUAUGCAGUGGUGGUUACUGGGGACAUAGCUGUAUAUGCCAAAGGAAAUGCAAGACCCACAGGCGGUGGAGGCGCUCUAGCUAUGCUACUCGGUCCAAAUGCACCGCUUGUUUUUGAAAGAGGUUUACGUGCUAUCCAUAUGCAACAUGCUUACGACUUCUUCAAACCAAAUUUAUCAUCUGAAUAUCCGGUUGUAGAUGGAAAGCUCUCCGUGCAAUGUUAUCUUGACGCUCUAGACAAAUGCUACAAGCGUUAUUGCGAUAAAGUACUUAGAAAUGGUUUGGAAGAUGUUGUUUCAUUAGAACACUUUGAUUAUAUAUGUUUCCACACUCCAUUUUGCAAACUGGUCCAAAAGUCUGUAGGAAGAUUGAUGUUGAAUGACUUUUUACAAGAGUCGAAUCCAGACACUGAUGAGGGUUGUCGAUAUGCUGGCCUCGAUGCAUUCAGAGGUAUAAAGCUUGAGGAUACAUUCCAUAAUAAGGAAGUUGAGAAGGCCUGUGUCAAGUGCAGUAAAGAGCAAUUUGAGAAGAAAACCAAACCAUCACUACUUCUAGCAAAUAACGUAGGAAAUAUGUACACACCUUCACUGUAUGGUGGGUUAGCAUCGGUCAUAGCAAGUGCUUCAUUGGCUGACCUAGUGAACAAACGAAUCGGCUUGUUUUCGUAUGGGUCGGGGCUAGCAGCAUCCAUGUUCUCACUUAGGGUUAGCUCAGAUGCCUCUGUAGGCUCCAGGCUGUACAAGUUGAAAGCUAGCCUAGAUGAUCUCAAUAAAAGGCUAGACCAAAGGAAGUGCGUUAGUGCAAAAGAGUUCACAGCGUUAAUGGAUCACAGGGAACGCACACACCAUUUAUGCGACUAUACACCACAGGGAUCUAUAGAAGACCUCUUCCCCGGAACUUACUACCUAACUCAAGUGGACCAUAUGCACCGGAGGCAGUAUCAGCGAAAGCCCCUUGUUGAUUUUGAGCAGACACCAUCACCUGAGUGCAACACAUACCUCCUGUCCUCUCCCCCUUCUAAAAAGCCUGUGCGAAACCACAUCAAAAACACAAUGGUAAGCGUUGUCAACGAGGUAGUAAAUUAACAGCAAUAUGCAAAUUUUAUCAGUGAUAUAUCAAUGGAUUCCCGCUUCCCCAUACUUAAAUAAACAUUACAGAAAUAUACAAUUAUUGAAGUGGAGUUGAAUAGCUUGUCAACGAGGUAGUAAAUUAUGCAAUAUGCAAAUAUUGUUUAAUCAGUGGUAUGUUAAUGAGUUUUUGGUUCCCCUCACCCUUACUGUAAUACACAUUACAGAAAUAUACUAUUGUUGAAGUGGAGUUGAAUUAUUGGGAGUUUAAAGUUGAAAAUUGCUUGGUGGUUGAGAUGCUUGCCUUCCAAUCCCAGGCUCCUGGGUUCAAUUCCUUCAUUGAUCAGGAUAUUUUCUCACAACCAAGAACAGCUUCACUCCCUAAGUCUCAUAAUGAGACUGAUAUGAGUGUAUGAAGAGCAUCUUGUGUUUAUGUUUGUCUUGUGGAUAUGCCACCUAGAAAAGUCUUUAAAUCAGCGGAAAUUCCCAUGUAUUAACCAUUUUAAUAUAUGUUGGACUGAAAAUAUAAAUUAUCAUAUUGUCGCCACUUAUUAUCUGUUAUUAACAAUUUUUCCAUCAAUUAUUAGAUUUUCACCUAGAUUUAAUACAAAGAUAUAAUAAUGUCAUUUUUGAUUGACAAGAGCCUCUUUUUUGCUAGAAUAUGUCACAUAUACUUGGCCUUUAGGGUAAACAAUUAAUAUAACAAAAAAUAAAAAAAAUAAUUAUGUUGUAGCUGUUGUUGUUCAAUCAUUGCGAAGGGUUUGUCUCUUUCAAAUCAAAGCACUAAUGAUUUAUGUUGCUUCUUGAAGAUGGCAGGAAGGGGUUAUAUUUAUUUAAUUAUUCUGAACGAUUCUAACAUUAGCAUUUUGACAUAAAGCGGUUUCGUAUUGAAGUGAUAUUCUCUAAUCACACCUGGCGAGGAAAUUACUGUGUACAAUUAGACCGUGGCCAAACAAUGAGACGAUAAUUCAUUUCUUUCAUUUGGCUUUCCAUGCAUUAUUACUGCACAUGCAAUUAUUUGAUUAUGCAACUGAAUAAUAUUUUUUUGUUAUUUCUUGAUGUUAUACUCUUAAUAAUUUUGUAUAUUGUGUUUUUAUGUAUUAAUUAAUUUUUUUGCAGGGUUACAUAUUUAAAGCAUUUUUCUUGCUUAUUUUGUAACCUAUUCCUAUAUCUACUACCUUUGUAUUUCUUUUGGUGAUAAUUGUACUUUUUGAUAUUGGAAUAAAAAUUAUUGGAAUUGAAUUGAAUUAAAUAAUUAAAGAUGAUUUGUGUUGAGACAAAAAUUUAAAAUCAAUAUUUGAAUUGCUUUAAUUUUUAUAUUUAUGAAUCGAAAAAAAUGUAAAAGAAAAGAAGAAAAAAGGGUGACCACAGUACUUCAAAACAAGGAAAUUUUAGAUUUAAAUUCCAUUUCAAUUAAAUUCAAAUAUUUGAAAUUGGUCAAAAAAGGAAAUUUUGUCUUUAAUCUUUGUGUACCAGUGUCUUGGGCAAGCAUUUCUAAACAAAAUUGCUUAACUCAAACGACGCUUGGCCGCCUACCCAGAUAUUUCUCUAGAUCUGCUCCUGAUGUUCCUAUUAUAGUAUUAUAAGUCUGUUACAUAGCGAAAUAUAAUUUGUCUCGUUAAAAAAUGGUAACAUAAUUUGAUCAUUUUAAUAUGCAAUUACAUUUUUAAAUUGAUUUUUUAAAGGUGUUUUUUGGUUUAGCUAGACAGUAUAUUUUAAUCUUAAAGGUUUUGCAAGUAUUUAUAAAAGAUUUCCAUAUUUCUUUAAUUUUGGUUGAAAUAUGAAUUAAUAAAUUAAAAAAAAUGUGAGAUAAAAUCCGAGAUAACUAUAUAAGAAAUUAAUUUUUUUAAAUUGUAUUCUCUUCCAGUUAAUUUUAAUUAGAUUUUUUAUAUAAAAUAUAACAUGUACACAAAUAUCAUUGGUAAAGCUGUUAUACUUUACCCCAAUCAUGUCAGUGAUGGGAUUCAGAGGUGGGAGGGGGAUGGUGGCAUUCGCCCUGGGGCCCCUUAUUUGUUCAAAACUAUAAAAUGGAGAAAAAAAUAAUUAUAUUAAAGUAUAAGUCUGAUAGUACAAUUUCUGGCCAUUUAGAGGUGCUGUAAUCUAAGUUUUUUUACAUCAGCCCCAACCAUGAUUGGGCUGAAGUUGUCUAUACACUCUAUCUAUGAAGUACAUCCCUGUGCCCCCUCAAUUUCAAAUUCCUGGAUCCACCAUUGCAUGUGAGGAAUUUUUAGACCAGAAAUAACAAAUGAAAGCAAGAUAUUUUAUUGACAUAAUAUAAAAUAGGAUAUGGCUAUUAAUAUUACUAUUAUGAUGAAUCAAGUGGUGCUAAAAUGUAGUCAUUCGAUAUUGAAAAUAUAUCUUCCGUCAGAUAAA